GGUGGUGACUGAGCUCUUUUGCCCCAGUAACUUAGCCUUUAAGCGUUCAAACAGAAAAAGGCCGAUUGUACCAUACACCCUUGUCUUGUGCCUUGCGGCCCAGUAUCUGCCCCUCCCACUCAAAGAAGCGCUUGCAUGCUUACUUUUCUACCGUCCCCCCAUUUACCCAGAGCCUGCCUAUAGUUUCUCUCCAGCGGGUGACCAAUGUAAUCUUCACUGCCCCAGCUAUCAAGUCACCCUUGCCCACCUCUACAGCCUUCUCAUCACCAACGUGCUCUCUGUUCCUUCAAUCAUCUACUGCUGAUGUCCCCAUUCCAUCCUUUUCUACUUGUUCGAUGUAUUUCAGGGCGAAGAUGGUGCGUCGAUGCAGCACACCGUCACCUGUCGUCAGUGAAACAACAGCGAGGAAGACAAGAUGGAUGUGGACGACAAUGAUGGUGGCAGUUAUCAUAGCGACAGCACGGCGACCGACCCAGCCGAUUACAACAAACAAGAGUAUUAUAUGAAGAUGCUGAACAGUGGCAACAAAUCCCUACUUCAGUACAAUGAAUACACAGAUAACUCUCCGAAGCUGCUCAGUCACAUUGAGCAGGAAUGAUUCCAGUGAGUGUUUUGAGAGUCAUGUUUGCUGACUCUCAUCUCUUAAAGUUGCAACUUCUCUCUCUGGAGUUCUUAUCAUGUAACAUAAUCAACCACCUAACACUCAUUUCCACCUAACACUCGCUUUUGUAAAUCAAUUACAAUCAACUUUAAAUGUUAAUAUCUCAAUAAAUAUUCAUUAUUUUAAUUCUUUAGUUUGUAAUCUAUAA